CCUGAAACACGCCGGUGGAUUCUUAGAUUCAUCUUCAGCUCGGGUGUUUUUGUUAAUUCCCGUCAUUUUUCCAACUGAAAACACAUUUUAAAGCCGAGAUUAUAGAAAAUGCGAGAGAGCAGCUGCUCCUGUCAGCUUUACCUGGAGAGUUUGUCUCACACAGGCGAAUGAGGAGUUUCUGGAGGCGUCAUGGAAGUUGUUGUGAACGCCAGAGAAGACUGUGAAGAUUCAGCCGGAGAUCUUCUGGAAGAGGAGGAUGGAGGAGGAGGAGGUGUUGAGCUGAUGGAGUUACGGCUGAGUGGAGGCUCGCCGUGGGGCUUCACGCUCAGAGGAGGACUGGAGUAACACGAGCCGCUCAUCAUUACCAAGGUGGAGGCCGGAAGUGGAGCGGCGCUGGCUCGAGUCCGGAGCGGGGAUCAGAUAGUCAGCGUUAACUCAGUUCUUCUCAGCGGUUACAGACUGGAGGCCAUUUGUCUGGUUAAAAGCUCACAUAAGACGCUCUCUCUGGGAAUAAAACGGAGGAAUGAAUCAUCAUGUAGACCCCAUUCGUGGCACUCUGCUAAAUCCACAGAUAACCCCACCACAGACAGCCCUAAAUCUGAACCCAGCCCUGCACCUGACUCCACUUGGCAGACAAAAUAUGAUGCAGGGUCACCCACAAAAGAAUUCACCAGCUGUUGGGGACAGACCAAUCUGCGACAAGUGUCCUGCCAGGUCAGCUCAGUGGGAAAUAUGGAAAGUGUAGAGCCCUCAUCUCACGCUUUCUCAAAAGAGCAGCCGUCAAGCAAACCCAAUGGUGGAGAAGAUCACCCAAUGUUUUUAUCAGGCACAACUGACCACAGUUCACCUCGGGGUGUUGCUCCCACAGAAGAGAUUUUUUACAGAGGCGUUCCCAACGAUACUGAAGUUCCCAAUGACUGCCACAGAUACCUGCAGAUACCCAUGGGCAACGGGGGACGCGUGAGUCCCAGUGUGGAGGAGCAAGCUAGCUCCAAAUUCUCCUCCACUUGGAGAUCCAACCAUAGACCUGUGUGGCAUAUUCCUGAGAGCAAGAUGACCACUAUUCAAGCUCCUCCUGCUCCUCCACCUCCCUUGCGUAGUGAUAGUUUCACUGCCACCAGAGUUCAUGAGAAGAGCUUGGUGGGAUCGUUCCCUGAAGGCAUAUCUGUAUAUCCACAACAGAAACCUCACUGCAGAGCUGUGGACCAACAGUUGGAUGGUGAAGCGAGACACAGCUACAACACACCUCCAAAGAAGGACUUCUUUCAGCCGUAUCUUUCGGUUGAAGACUAUCCAAAUAAGCUAAAACCUUCCAAACCCUUUUCCCUGUCAAGCACUGAUGUAAGACAAGGGCAGAACCCAUUUACUUACGAGCUUCAGCAUCAGAGACAGCAUAGUGAUGAUAGUCACUUUUCGGUGUACCCUAACGGUACAAGUUCACCAAAUACCCAGAGUGUUGGGAGCUACUACCGAAGCCUUCAAGAUUUACCCACCAACGCUGGCAGUCGAAACAAAGCCAGAACCAGCAUGGCAUUCGACCCCAAUUAUGAGGGCCAGGCUCAUUUCCGUUACUACUGCAUCACUGCUCAGCAGCCAUCCCUGAAAUCAUCUACGCAGGGUUGGAUAGGAGAUGAACGAAGGUCGGAAAUGGGAACCACUCAAGGUGCUACAGACAGAAGCUUGGUUGGUCCUCAAAAGGCUGUGAAGACAAAGUAUCCCCAACUCAAUCUACCUGAGAACAAGAGCUCCAACGGUUACAGCAAACAGGCCAUCAGUCCUCCAUCUCAAGCCGCGUCCCCUGUACCAAAUCAUGUGAUUUCAAAGUCCAGCUCUGGGGAAAGAGAGACUCAAAAGAAGAAAGAUGGAGGUAAGCCACAGCCUUCCAGGCACGUACCAAAAAAACAGAUUGAGCAGAAUAACCAAAUGUCCACUCAACACCUGGAUAAUCCAUGGAUCAGCAAGCAGGAUCACAAGAUCUGUCCACACAAGACCCCCAUGUUGCACUCUCUGGCCCAAGAGAGCAAGAUGGCAGAAAAAAUGAUCGUAACAGCCAAAGCAGGUGGUCAAGAAUCAACUGAUGCGAUCGGUGGUAAACAGGGAAGAAGGAGUGACCGCUACGCCACAACUCUACGCAACGAGAUCCAACAGAAGAGGGAUCAACUUCAGAAAAGCAGAAGUGCAGCUACCUUGACCUGCUCAAGUGAAGUUGAGGAUGACUCUGACAUCUGGAAGUCUAAUGAGACCUCCACAUCGUCUUCGGAUGGUUCCUUCACCAACACUUACAAAGAUCAUCUGAAGGAAGCCCAAGCCAAAGUUCUGAAGGCCACGUCAUUUAUGAGGAGGGACCUGGAGCUCCCUGGGAACGAAUCUGCAUCGGAUCAACUUCCCAAAAGAUCUGGGCCUGUUAAUGGGCAGGUCUCCCGCAUUGGGGGGCGUAAACGGUUUCCCGUGGAUAAAAAGAUACAUUCCUUCUCUGAACCGGACAAGAUCAAUAAAAUAGGAGUUGAGGAUAAAGCAGGGUCAUUUGUAGACCGAUACAAGUUCUUUGAGAGUUCCUGCAAAGCAGUUCUCCAAAAGCCCAUUCCCAAGCAGUCCCUCCUCAGUCCCAAUGAAGACCACAUUGAGAGAAAGACUAGAUUAACUGGAGACUGUGAAAGCAUCCAUCAAGCUCCCUUAAAACAAAGUAAAUCAAGCCAUGCUGACCUUAAUACAGAGGAGCAGCAACGGCUCGGUACGUUUGCUGAAUAUGAGGCUACAUGGAACAUGCAGAAAAAGCCAGUGGAAAGAAGAAUAACGGGCAGAUACCGUUCAGCGGAAAACAUCCUGGACUCAGGCUUGGAGGAAUCCAACAGCACAGUGUGUGUUCAUGAAAGAUCCCGUUCCUCCCCUUCUGCUGACUUCUACGGACAGGUAGAAGACUCUUUGGCAUCUGUGUUAACGGAUCCACAUUCCUUUCAGAAAAUCCCUCUGCCACCCAGAAAGUCUCCUGUAGAAUCUCAGCCUGAAGCCAAUGGCCAACAGGAGACCCGUAUCACCAGAGGAUCCGGAAGCGAGCACAGUCCACUCAACAUCUCCGAGCCGGUUACAAUGAACGUUCUGGAAAGUGUUGCUGUGUCUCUUGCCUCGAACCAGAGACCCAAACCUGACACCAAGCAGCCGGCAACUCUCUCUUCAAAUCAUCUCCAGGUUCCCAUGUCAAAGCAACGGCUUCCUAAAAACAAAGGUUCUGAACCGCAGAGGUCCGCCAAACCCACACAGCCGGAUGCCAUGUGCCCUACUAGAGCUUCCCAGGAAUUUAGGGUUCAGACCUCUUCACCUGAGCCAACUCAAGAGCCCCAAAGACUGAUUACUUCACCAUGUCCUGCACAACAUCUGGAGAGAGACAUACACCUGACUGCUGCACCAGAGGACGACCAGAGAUCAGACACCGAGGGAACGUUAUCUCAUACGCCACGUCUUUUAGCUCGUGCCUCUCCCAAGCUGAAAACUGAUCUGAUGGUAACCUCAGCCAGCAGAACACGUUCUCGUUCUCCUUCUCCUCAGUUCUAUCCACAGAGGCUCACAGAUCAACCACCUGCAACUGUGCAGAAAAAGGACCAAUGCAGGAGUAAGACGGAGGAAACAUCAGAGCCAAACACUGCUGGCCGGAAGGUCCCCAUACAGAUUGUCUGUGCAGAAAACGGUUCAGAGAGGGAAAACAGAAACUAUGUGCAACAUGGUGAAUCAUCCCGAAGCUCUGAGGUGCCUAAAACGGGCCAACUAAAAAAACCAGAUUCUCCAGAGAAAUCCAAGUCGCUGUUUAUUGCCCACGCCCAUCCAGAUCCCAUCAAAAACACAGAACAUCAGACGGUACUAGACAACACCGAGCCGAGAAGCAACGGUUUGACCGCACGCUCAGAGGAGGACCUGAAGCGAGAGGAGCUGGCCAGAGAUAUCAUGGGGAAGGACAAGAGUCUGGUGGACAUCUUGGAUCAGAGUAAGAUGAAGACUACGAUGGAUCUGAUGGAGGGAAUAUUUCCACAGGGGGAGCCGCUCCUGGAGGGAGCGCAGCAGAGGAGGAAAGCCAUCAACAAACAGACGUCUCCCAAAAACACACCGCAGAGAGUGGAGGACAGUUUGUCUUCGUCAGCGUCGUUAGUGAGCAGUUCGUCAUAUUACAGCACAUCUGCACCUAAAGCAGAGCUGCUCAUAAAGAUGAAGGACAUGCAGGAGCACAUGGAGGAACAGGAUUCAGAGGACGAACUUGAUUAUGACCUGUCCAACAAGAAGCAAGAGUUGAUUGACAGCUUAAGUAAGAAGCUGCAGGUUCUGCGAGAGGCGCGCGAGAGUCUUCAGGAGGACGUUCAGGAUAAUAAUGCUCUGGGAGAGGACGUGGAAGCCACCGUACAGACCAUCUGCAAACCCAACGAGCUGGAGAAGUUUCGCAUGUUCGUGGGAGACCUGGAUAAAGUGGUCAGUCUCCUGCUGUCUCUGUCCGGUCGACUGGCUCGCGUGGAAAACGCCCUCGACAACCUGGAGGAGGGAACGUCAGCGGACGAGAAGCACACUUUGACCGAGAAACGCAAACUGCUGAUUCGCCAGCACGAAGAUGCCAAAGAGCUGAAGGAAAACUUGGACCGAAGAGAACGUCUGGUUUAUGAGAUUCUGGCCAGUUACCUCAGCGAAGAGCGUCUGGCAGACUACCGGCACUUCGUCAAAAUGAAGUCAGCGCUCAUUAUUGAGCAGCGCAAACUGGAGGAUAAGAUCAAACUGGGCGAAGAGCAGCUCAAAUGUCUGAAGGACAGUCUGCCGCUGGACCAGAGACUUCUGUACUGAGCUGAUCUAGCCGGGACUGGUUCAGCAUGACCACACGAC